AUGCGGUCUGUAAAGUGGCCUCCUUCUCCUGCCUGUGACCCAGCCACUGUGGAGGUCAAGAUGGAUGACCUGCACCAUAAACUAGACCAGCUUUUAGCACGCAGUUCUGGGGGGAGCUGCCCAAUGUGUGGGGUCUGCACCCAGCACAGCAGACAGCAAGAUGCUACAGCCAACCAGCUCUCAGCUCAAGCCAAGCUCCUUGAGAACCUGGAGAGGAAAGUUACGGACCUCAGGAAUGCACUGGAGGAACUGAUAUGUGGUCUAGAAGAGAGAUCUUGUGAAAAAAUUUCUGUACCUUUAGAGGCUCUGCAAAGAAGGAAAUCUUUGCCUGUCCGGACAUCAGUGGACGAAGUCUAUGUGCAGUUGGAUAAAUUCAGAGAUCAAAAAUUAAUCCAGCAUACUUUUAAUGUACCCUGUGGGAGAGGUCAGGAAGACAUUCUGAUUGAAGACACAGAAGGUGAGGGGCUCAGAGGCAAUAGAUCACCACUCAGAAAUGAUUGUGCAGAAAACAAGCAUCUUCAAUUACACAAAGAAGUUAACAAAGAUUUAUCAAAAUUGACCCCAUGCUGGGCAAUAUCCCAUCCAGGGAAUAAAACACCAAAUACAGUCAAGAUCAGUGAAGCAAAAUCACCAUUAAGCAAAAAUAUUUCCAAGGCAACAGGAGUGACUUCUUGUACAGCUGCAGGGACCUCAAAGAUUGACACACCUCCACAAAAAAUACUUACACUUCCAUCAAAGAUGCAUAUUCCACCACCAAAUAGAAGUCCACCUUCACUGGAAAUGACCACACCAAAACCCAUGAUGAGUACGCCUCCACCAAAACAGGAGACAAUUACACCUUCACCAAAGAUGAUCACUCCUCCACAAAAGGUUAUACCAAUGAUUUCAGCUACAAAAAGCACAACAGCAACCAUACAAAACCUAACACCAAAGAUCACACAAGCACCUUUUCCCUUUAACGCAACUGUGUCUUCACCCACCACAUCAACCACACAAACUUCAGUAGCAGGAUCUACAAAUCUAGCAACAAAUCAGAAGAGCCAAAUUUUAUGGACUGCUCCAAUCACAACAACAUCAACUGUGGUUACGUCAGCGUCUAGUAAUCUAUCAAGGUUUAAUAUAACCGAGAAUGCUGCACCACCAUCAUCAGUCCAUAGUCUUCAAAAGGCAAGUUUGGAAGUUCCUGUUGUAAUGACGCAAUGCAAAGGGAUGUCUUUGUUUAAAUCCCCUCAAUCACCCAUGUUGGAAACUGUAGACUCAAAAGUAUCCCAGCCAAAUGGCACUAUCACCAAACCAAUACCGACAAGAGAUGAAUUGCUACCACCAAAGACAACUGGAAUUUCUCUUACAACAGCAGCCUCCUUUCUCAAACAUGUCUACAGCUGUCCUGACUCCUUGCAAAGUUUUCAGGCCCCUGGAGGAAAGGCUGAGUCUGUUACCACAGUGACACCAUUAUUUGGGAAGCCUGAUAAUGCAUCAGCAGGAGUCACCCACACUGGGCAACUAAAGACAGGAGGAAUACAGAUAAAAAUAAGUCCAGCGUCUGAGAGAAUCACAAGUCAGACCAAAAUGGCACCCAAAACCUGCUUCAAAGUUAUAAAUGAUGUUCCUCCACAGCCAGCGCCUUUCUCACAUCGGUGUGUGUCUCUAAAGACGAGUCCACCAUCUGACUACAGCAUCCACACCCGAGAAGUGCUGGGAGGUGGGCGUUUCGGUAAAGUGCACAAAUGCACAGACAAUAAAACCAGGCUCAGACUGGCAGCAAAGAUCAUCAGUUCGAGAAGUGCCAAAGAGAGGGAAAUGGUGCUGAAUGAGAUUGAAGUGAUGAACCAACUGAAUCAUCCCAACGUCCUUCAGCUGUUUGAUGCCUUCGAGAACAAAAAUCAAGUAGUGCUGGUAGUGGAGUAUGUGGAAGGAGGGGAGCUGUUUGAGAGGAUUGUGGAUGAGAGCUGUCCCUUGACUGAAGUGGAUGCCAUGGUGUUUGUGAAGCAGAUCUGCGAGGGGGUCCAGUACAUGCACCAGAUGUACGUCCUUCACCUCGACCUAAAGCCAGAGAACAUCCUUUGUGUGAAUCGGUCGAGUCAUCAGAUCAAGAUCAUCGACUUUGGGCUUGCCAGAAGGUAUAAACCAAGAGAGAAGCUCCGAGUUUCAUUCGGGACACCUGAGUUCCUGGCGCCAGAGGUGGUCAACUUUGACUUUGUUUCCUUCCCUACAGACAUGUGGACUAUAGGAGUUGUCACGUACAUGCUAUUAAGCGGCUUAUCUCCAUUCCUGGGUGAUGAUGACAAUGAAACCCUAAACAACAUAUUAACAGUCAACUGGUAUUUUGAUGAGGAGACCUUUGAACAUGUCUCAGCUGAGGCCAAAGAUUUCAUCUCCAACCUGCUCAUCAAAGAGAGGGGUGGACGUCUUAGUGCUGCUCAGUGUCUUAAGCACCCGUGGCUGAAUAAUAUAUCGGAGAAGGCGAAGGGGAGCAAUAUUAUCCUAAAGUCACAGAUUCUCCUCAGGAAAUACAUGGCCAGGCGGCUGUGGAAGAAAAACUAUAUUGCUAUAGCAGCAGCCAAUAGGUUUAAGAAGAUUGGCAGUUCAGGAUCCCUCACAUCCCUGGGAGUUUGA